UCUACCACCAAAUUCGCUGUUCUCAAUAAAGUGUAUGCAUAUAAGUUUGUUCUGCUAAUGUAAAUCGUAUCUAGUUUGCAUAACUGAAGGAAGAAAGGACUGUUAAAAAGGAUAUGUGGGUGAUGUAUGGUGGAUUAGUGUAUUAAAAGGAAGGAUUAGUGGAUUGGUGAAUUGGAAGGAAUUGAAGUGGACGGGAAAGAAAGGAUACGGCAAGGAUCUGCAUAUUCGGAUACGCUAACUAACUCGAAGACGAGUUGUGAUUCCCAUUUUUGUAAUCGACAUGGCAUCGUCAUUUGCAAACUGUUCCUACGCGCCUGAGGCAAACGUUGUCGACGCGACAUCCUUUAAUUACACAGACUGCAGCGGAGCCAGUGGAUUGGAUGAGCGCGAAAAAAGAACGACACGUACUGGCAGUUUAACAAAUCACUCUCUGCUGGACUUACUAGAAAAACAUAAUCGAUACGAGGGAAUUAAUUUAACGCCACCCCCGAAAACCUCCAGCGGUCGGCGACAUUCAUCGGAUUCGUUUCCGAUGAUUGAAGAUGAAAACUAUCAAAUCCCUCAGCGCCAAAUCAAGAAACCUCCCGGUUUGCAACUAGUUCCUCCUCCAGUGCCAAAACGAACCUUUCAGGGCAAAUUUACCCAAAGGCAGUCAGAUUCAUUUGAUUGUCAGAGUCGAACGUCGAGUGUAACACUAGAUGGUUACCAUCAGCAGCAGCCAAAAAGUUACGGUCAAUACCGCCCGGACCGAAUCUGCCAGUCAGCAUUUGAAGAGCAAAGCUUUGGAUUUUUUGCAUCGAAUAAACCCAAAAAUAUCGGUUCCUGCCACACUAGUUUAAGCACAACCAGUUUCGAUGAUAUAGGUGAUACGGAUGAUUACGUGAUUUUUAACAAAAAAAUGUCCUCGAUAGAGUCGAAUCGAUCAUCCAGUGACUCGAAUAAGUCUCAAACCACAAUAGACACUGGUUACGUCUCCGCUAACGAGAAUGAUAGAUCCAUAUUUACUACGGCCAGCUCCACUAAAGGCGCAUUUAGAAGUCGUUUCUCCUCAGAAGACACCCAAUCAUCUUUGGACAGUUUUCUGUCGUCCGAAUUGCACCGCACUGAUACUAUCGAUUCACUUCAAAUGAACGAUUCCCCUUUCAGUUUGAAAAAGAACAUUUUUAACUUUGACGUGAAAAACGGCCAAAUAAGAACUUCUACUUCAAUAUCUCCCAAUUCUGCCGACGAAAAGAUGGACAGCAGUUCACCACGUAGCAUUGAAAGCAAAAGUGCUCGACGAUUGCCCAUGGUUCCCACGCGGAAACAAUCAAACGUUCCACCGAAAAUUCCUCCACCCACUCGAAUAACUCCUCCCGCGCUGCCAUCUCGUUCACAACAAGCAUUCGAAUCUCGCCAACUGCAAAAGCGUCAGCAGCAGCAACAGCAACAACAGCACUUGAACAAUGCUCAAUUCAACCACAAAACCAAUCUGGAUAACGUUCAAGAGCUUUACACUCGCCCUACCGGUUUCCGACGCAACAUGCACAAACCCCCACCAUUAAAUCAGGUGCAUCACUCUAAAGUAAAUCAACGACAGGACUCCAACAUAUCAAGCGAUAGUUUUUCGGCUACUUUUAGCCCAAGCUACAGCAACAAAAAUAUGGAAGCACCCCUCCUGCAGCACACCUCCAAGAUGAACCGUUCGACGAUGCGAAGCCAUCAGCACAAACAGUUGCUACAGCAACAACUCCAACAGGCCAACCAGAAUACGUCCCUCAACGCCAGCACACAGGACUGCAUCAAGCAGCAGUCCGUCGUCUCACCGCAGGAUAGUCUGAAUCCAGCCACCGUGCGAUCCAUUCCCCCGCGAGUCACCAUGCGGCAAGAUUCCAGCAUAUCGAGCGAUAGUUUCAGCCAGACUUCGAGCCCGAGCUACAAUUCGAAAAUCAUGGAGGCACCGCUGCUCUCACAUGCGGCAAAAAUGCCCAAGGUGUCGAAACCGAUUGCGACUCGCAAUCUGGAGGAGGAAAUCGCCAAAGACGCUGCCGGGGAUCAGAACGGGUCAUCGGUAAUCAUCAAAAGCGCAUCAACGCCCGCCAGCUUGCAAACGAUAGUGCGAUUGUCCAACGGAUCAAACGUUUCAUUGCAGGGAAAGAAACUUCAAAUCUUCAAAUCACGCCGCAGUUCCGAGUCCUACCACUCACGGCGCAGUCGAAUGAAGUUUCGUGCAUGCCAGAUCGCUGUCAAUGCAAUCCUCCUGAUCGGUCUUGCCAUCGGACUGGCGUCGUAUCUGAGCAAGAACCCCCCGAUCACCUACGUAAAUCAAACAACAAUCGCCCGCACCAUCAACAAUCGGCUGCCACCCCUGGAGACGACGAUCGCCCCCAUCAAGGUGGAUAGUAAUCCGGCUCCGGGGGUGUGUCUACCGGUGAUCGUCAAGUUCUGCCAGCAGCAUAGAAUACCUUACAACUACACCGUGUUUCCCAACUACAUCGGACACUUUGGCCAACCGGAAGCUCAAAUGGAAAUUGAUCUCUUUGAGGCGCUGGUCGAUGUCCAAUGCUACGAGCUUGUUCCACUGUUCUUAUGUUCCCUGUUUGUGCCUAAAUGUGGUGCCACCGGAUCCACGGUGACACCCUGUAAAAGUCUGUGUAUUGAAACUAUGCGUCGAUGUAGCUUUUUCUUCGAUGUUUUCGGACUGGAGCUACCGGAUUACCUGCACUGUCAACUGUUUGGGGACUCGAUUGACGCGAACCAGAAUGAAUGUGUCGGAAUGGCAGAGUACAAGGAGUCCAAAUUGCGUGAAAAAAGACCUGUUAGCUGUUCUGGAUUUUUGUGUGAUAAGAGACGUUGUAUACCCAGCGACUGGCGAUGUGAUGGCCACGUGGACUGUGCGGAUCAGACAGAUGAAUCGCAUUGUGACGUUUGCGGUGAAAAUGCAAUUCAUUGUGGUGACGGACGAUGUAUGGGCCAAAAGCACGUUUGCGAUGGAGUGCAGGAUUGCCCGUAUGGACAAGAUGAAAGAAAUUGCAUUCGACUUAGCGAGCGUAACGGAGACUUAGGCCGCGGCACAUUAGAGGUGUAUAAGGCGAAUCUGAAGCAGUGGGCUCCUGCAUGCGUCAAAAAUUGGGACCCGGCAACAUCACCAACUUUGAUUUGUUCUAUGCUUGGCUACAGCUCGGUAAACUCCAGUCGUACGACAAUGCGCGGUUCAAAUCGUACCCUCAUCGGGACGAAGGACGCAUCAUCAAUGUGGCGAAUGUACCAGAAAAAGAGCACCAACAUGCUCAAGGAAUUCAACAGCUGCGAUGUCAACUCGAGAUACCCCGUUGCGGAAUUAACAUGCUCCAAUUUUGCGUGCGGAAAAGUGCCAAACAAAAAGUAUCGUAAACCACAAACGCGAAUCGUAGGAGGGAGUUAUUCCAAGCCGGGGGAUUGGCCCUUCGUUGCUGCCAUUCUCGGCGGACCGGAAGAAAUUUUCUACUGUGCUGGUGUCCUGAUUGCCGACCAAUGGGUUCUAACAGCAUCACAUUGCAUUGGAAACCAUACCACGGGAAAAAGAAGCAUAAGCGACUGGACCAUUCAGUUGGGUAUCACGAGGCGCCAUUCACACGCGUACUACGGUCAGAAGGUGAAGGUCAAAAUGGUGAUUCCCCAUCCGCAAUACAAUCUAAAUAUUGCCCACGACAAUGAUAUUGCACUAUUCCAGCUUGCCACCCGGGUUGCCUUCCACGAGCAUUUACUACCGGUUUGUCUUCCGCCAUCGCACAUCCGUGAGCUGAUGCCCGGAACCAACUGUACAGUUGUAGGCUGGGGCAAGCGUGAAGAUAGCUCUCUUCCAAAUGGAGUGUCCUAUGAGCCAGCUUUGAAUGAAGUAACCGUACCGAUACUGAACCGGGAUCUCUGCAUUGAAUGGUUGGAGAAUCUCAACGUGACGGAGGGUAUGAUCUGUGCCGGAUACCACGAUGGAGGACGCGAUGCAUGUCAGGGCGACUCCGGUGGGCCUCUACUCUGUCCAUACCCCAACGAGAAAGAUCGAUGGUUCGUCGGCGGUAUCGUUUCGUGGGGCGUCCGCUGUGCUCAUCCCAAACUGCCGGGUGUGUACGCUAACGUGCCGAAAUUCAUCCCCUGGAUUGUGGCUCAGAUCAACAACCAUUCGGUGCUACAGACAGACACAAUUGGCCGAUAAUUGGGAAUCAUUUGACGUGGUAUCGAUUUUCGGUUUACGCUGCCGCACGAAACGGCACAAAAAGGGAACCUCCGCCCGCGCUAGUACGGGGGGAGAACAACAACAAGUGAGUGAGUGAUUGCUCGGCAGAUUCUGGUCUGUCGUGUUGUAGUCAACGUAGGACAAUAACGUUACACAGGUGAUAUAAUCAGCUCAAAUGCGUGCCCGUAAUAUAUUGAGGUAAUCAAUUACGUUACCCUUAUCAGUAUAGUAAGAGACGUACCAUGACAAUAACAAUGCUCCGAUGGAUUCACAAAUCGAUUAUGAAAGUCAAAGAGCGAAAUACGGAGGACAAUAAUAACAGAUUGAAAUAUUCGAUAUCUUUUUUUUACAAAUGUAUUAGAAUAUGACAUAUUUAACCUGACAGCACAUUCAAACACAUUAGAAACAAAUAGAAACAUAUUCACAUCUAAACAGUUGAAUAAAGAGUAAACAGUUGAAUUAUUAGCUCAACCAGCAUUGGCACAGCGACAUGUUACAAACAUUCUUUGAACAAUCGUCGUAACCUACUUUAUAUUGGCUCAAAUUAGUAAGGAAAAAAUCAUUU